ACAUAAUCUUCUCUUCAAGGUUUUGUCGGAUUCUGUGUUGAUUGUCUCUGUUUGGAUGCGAUGAUGGAGUCGAUCCUUCUCCGAUCUUGUUCUUCUCCGGUACUCGUCGAGGCUAAAGAUGUUCUCCGGUCGGGACGAUCGCCGCCGUUGUCCAGAGUUUCCACGAUUCGGUGUUCUUCGAGAAGCGAUUCUAAUAUUCCGAAACUCAAGCCUUUCAACAGAACCUGGCUUGAGCGGGCCAUUAAGGAGCCGCCGUUGAUUGAGAAAACCGAGCACGAGCUUGCAGAUUAUUGCACAACAUUGGAGGGAGAUGAUUCAUAUAAUUGCUGGAGAGCUCUAUUCGAACUAGAAGAUCUUGAGAAAGUGGCACCAAAACGAGAUAUAGAGAGGAUAAUUCGGGAAGCAGAAGGUGUUAAAAACUUGAUGGACUGGAUACCUAGAAUUGCUGCAAUCUACAAAAAUGGGAAGGAAAAUGCUUUCAGCAUGGCAAAGCCAACGAACCCUCAGGGUGAAGGGAAGAAAUUGUCUCACAUUCCAGAAUGGAUGCCAAAAUCCACGGAAGAACUCGAUGAAGAAGAGAGAGAAAAAAUGCCUGAUUCGCAAUAUACCAGAUUGCUUAGAGCUAUGGGAAGAAAGACCAUGCAUAUGCAGUAUGAAGGAAUAUAUCUCGGGGAUUAGCCUUUUGUAAGGAAUGAGUUCUCCUUGAGUUGUUUCAUUGUAAAUUAUAGUAAUAUCAUAUAAUGAUCACAUCGAGUGAAAAGUUAGUGUUAAGGGUUCCUGUUUCAAGAUGUUGUAUUAGAAUACCAAUAAUUUGUUUAAAUGGCAUGAAACGUUUCCUUUUCCAGGUAAUUUUUGGAAUGUUAAUUGGUUUGAAUUUGAUGUUUUGAAAUCUUGUUUUGAGUUGCAUCUGCAUUUUCCUUCUAUGAAACCUGUAGUCGACUUGUAUUUGCAGACUAAUAAGGAUGUGAAUCCAAC